AUGCCUUCUUUCUAUAACAAUAUUCUCUUUCUCUCUACCAACCAGUUCUCUUCAUGUGUUCCCAAUCCAUUCGGUUUAAUCCCAUUCUAUGAUCCAUUUGGAUGUAGUGCUGCAGCGGCAGCAGCCGCAGCCGCAGCGGCGGCGGCAGUAGCAGCAGCAGCUUAUUCUUCCUCCUCUUCCUCCUGCGUACCAUCCACAUCAUCGUCAUUACAAAAGACACAAACUGAUACAACUACAACAUCUUUAUGCAUAGAUAAUAAUAAUAAUAGUGGACAGUUGUCAGCUAAUUCAAAGUAUACCAAGAGAACGCCAACACUGAAUGGUUUCAAUACUAUGAUGCAUAAUGAUACUGAUCAUGAUGAAUAUGAGAGGUCAAGACACAGGAUACCAUCUAUAAAUAAUGAUACUGCCGAUCAUGAUGAAAGUAGAUUGAAUCCAUUGUCAGCAUUGUAUACAAAUGCAUAUAAUAGACGACAUUCAUCUCCAUAUAGUCUAAAUCAACAACAACACCACCACCCUCAACAACAACAUCCUUCUGAUCAUCAUCAUCAUCAACAACAUCAGUACUCAAGAGAUUUAUCUUCUAGUCUGAGUAUGUUAAAUCGUCAACCUGAAGAAACAGAUGUAGCCCUUGAAUUAUCGCUAAGAGAACAUAACCAAUCACCACUGCCAACAUCUCGUUCUCGUUCAUUGGAUGCUUCAGUUGACUCACCUAAACCAUCAUCUGUUGUUAAUCAGUUAACAUCAACAUCCGGACAGAUAUCGUCUCCUGGACCACCUGCUCAUAACAUGAAUAAUAACAAUAAUAAUAAUAAUCCUCUGUCGCCAUCGACAUCGUCGAAUUUCUAUGCAGUCGCUGCGUGUGCUGCUGCAGCUGUCGCCGCAGCUGUAGCUUCAUGGAGUGGAGCUGGUUCACCGAGAACACCAGGCAGUAGAUCACAACAUUUCACACAUCAUCAUCAAACAUCACCAUCCUGUACUAAUAUAUUCCCUUUGAGUCCAUCGACACCAGUGAAUAAAUCUGCCUUUUUAAAUCAUUUUCAAUCAGUUAAAUCGCCUGGUAGUAGUAUUAGUGGAAUACCAUCCUCUCCGAAGUUAUCGUGUUCAGCGUUAUCUCCAGCGGCAUUGUAUCAAAGAUGUGAGAGUAACAAUACUAACAAUAACAACAACAAUAACAGUGGUAGUCGAACGUCUACUGGAAAUAAUUCUGCUGCUGCUAGUCCCUAUUCUCCAAGUAUGUUUGCUGCAGCAGCAGCUGCUGCACAUAUGCAGUUAUUAUCUGCUGCGGCAGCAGCGGCCUCGUUCAACUCGAAUUUAUCAUCGUCAUCAUCAUCAGCAGCAGUCUCAUUGGCUGGUUCAGUGCAAACAGCUCAAGCCAGCACUCCUGCUACUAUUACUACUACUACUACUUCUACUAACAUGGAAGAUUCAAGUCGUGGAAAUAAACCGUCUGAUUUACUACUGGCAAAUCAGUUAUCCACCGGUGGUUCUUCAUCCUUCCAGAGUAGAAAUUGUAAUGACAACACUAAUGAUAAUAAUAAUAAUGAUUCACUAUCGGAUAGUUGCUUAUGGAGACGUCAACAGGCUGCAGCUGUUGUAGCAGCUGUAGCUGCAAGUGCUAUGCUGGGAAAUUCCUCCCCAUCCUCACCGCCGUCAUCCUCAUCGAUUUCUUCUGUUCCUGCUAUUGGUGCUGUUGUCGAUAGUAGUGGUAGUGGUGGAAAUGCUGUACGUGGUACUACUACUAAUCUAUCUUCAAGUAGUUUAUGGCCUAGUCGAAGUCAUCUGUUCAAUUCGAGAUGCCGGGAUCGUCGAAAUUAUGAAUUUGUAAAAUCUCUAACCAGAUCAAGUAAUAAUAGUAGUGUCCAAAGAAGUAAUAAUAACAAUAAUAAUGAUGAAACAAUUCUCGAUUCAUAUAAUGAAAAAAUCAAGAAAUCAAAUCAUUUAUUCAUGUCAUCAUCAUCAACAUCAGCAGCAGCAGCAGCGCUAGGGAUGUCGACAACGACACCUUCAUCAUCAAAGGCUGGUAUGCAUAUUAAGAAACCAUUGAAUGCAUUUAUGCUAUUCAUGAAAGAGAUGCGUACCCGCGUGCAGGAAGAGUGUACCCUGAAAGAAUCUGCUGCUAUUAAUCAAGUAUUAGGCAAAAAAUGGCAUGAAUUAUCUAGAGAAGAACAGACGAAAUAUUAUGAAAUGGCAAGACAUGAAAAAGAAUUACACCAACAGCUAUAUCCGAAUUGGUCAGCACGUGAUAAUUAUGCCUAUCAUGCUAGACGAAGGAAACGUCGACGACAUUUAUUUCACAAGCAUGGUAUACAUAUUAGAGGAGCACGAUAUAAUAAUAAUAAUAAAUCUGGAACAAUUGGCUUACGUGGUGGUGCUGUUACAUCAGAUAAAUUAAUGCUAAUGAAUCAUUCAAAUAUGUUGGAUAAAUUAAAACUGGAGGGAAGUAAAUCAUCUUGUCAACAAGGUGGUCAACAACGCCCAUCACAACAGCAACACCAAUUACGUGUUCAUGAUCAAUCUCCAACUGGAAAAUAUUAUCCCGAUGGAUCAGUAUCCCCAGUGGCUAUGAAUCGGCCGAAAAUACAAAUCACUAAUAUGCUUGAUGAUGUUGUCAACCCCAGUAGUACUACUACUAACAAUAAUAAUAAAUGUCUGUCUCCUCUUCCACCAAUUCUAGCAUCGUCUACCACCCUUUCGGAAUUAUCCUCUUCUGACCAACAAACACGCAUGAAAUCGAAUUCUCCAAUAUGCAGAAAACAAAAUUACCCAUUCCCUAUGACAUCAUCAUUAUCAUCUCCUGCACCAGCAUUAUCUACACAGUCUAAUGUUGUCGCAACAGCACAUCCUAUGAAUAGUCCGCGUUUACUGACAACAAUGCCUUCCAUAAUUGAUACAGAUGACAACUUGCCUGCAAGACAACAUAAGAAAGGAUCUAUUGAUGCUUUGACCUCAGUAGUAUACAAUAAAGCAUUACUGAAUGGUAGUGGUAAUGAUGGAAGAAAUAAUAGUAAUAAUAAUAAUAAUAAUAAUUUUACCUCAGAAUUUCCCUUAUCAUCAAUGAAUAAUUUCAACACUUCAAGACAACCAAUGAUUGAUGCAGGUCAUCGUAAUCAUAAUCAUCAGACGUCUGGAGAUAUGACACAUCCUUUCUCUCUUCAUAACAACAACAGCAGCAACAGCACCAAGUCAGAUAAAUUUCGAACAAUGUCUGUGCUGAAUGGUAAAUCUGCCUUGAGUACAAAUAAGUUGGAUUUACAAUCCAGUAAUCUGAGUACACCACCUGUAACCACCAAGUCAACAGGAAAUAUCGCCUCAGCUUGUAUGUCAUCGGGGAAAUUCUUCCCUCGAGAAAAUGAAGAGUCAAUAAACUCUACUCAUAGAGAUUUUCUUUUCCCACCUCUGCCUUCUCAUCAUCAGCAAUCGAGUAAUAAUAAUAAUAAUAAUAAUCAUGAUGCAACAAGUUUAUUUCAGCAUUCCACAACUUUUCCCUUCCUCCCUUCUGAGUUGUCGUCUAAUAGAGGGGAUAUUUCUUCAUCAUUCUGUCCAACCAGUACUACUACUACUAAUACUACUAACACUACUGAUUCCACUUUUCUGUCUGUAUCUUCAUUGACUGGUUGUCAUCAUAAACCAAUGCAUUCCAAAGAACAGCCUGCUGCCUUCUUUCCAUCUAAAUUUACUGGAACAAUGAAUUUAUCUGCAGAUAUAAAAAGCAAACCUCUACCACAACCACAUGAUCAUCAUUAUUAUUACCCGGUGGCGCUUAUCCAUCGGUCUGCAUCAAUGCCAACAAAUUAUUCAAAUUUUCCUGGUCCACAUUUACCUUCACAUUUCAUGUCUACAUUUGGUUUCACCAAUCGACAUCAUAAUUCAACAUCAUCAUCGCCUUCUUCUUCUUCUAGAAGUAUCGGUGAAUUACUGUCGGAUAGCCAGAUGAAAGCGAAUCUGAAGAACACGUCGAAUUCGCAUUCAUCGGUGCCGACUAGCAUGGCCGCAGUUGCGCAGCUGCAGCUAUGGCAGUUGGUGAAUUAUCUGGUGGGAAUUUGA